AUGGCACAAGCGAGGAAGGUGAUCGAGGGUGAUGUAAUCAGGCAAUACAAGAGGUUGCAUGAUUACAUGGAGGAGAUUAUUAGGUCUAAUCCAGGGAGCACCGUUAAGCUAGCUACGAGGCGGCUGUCAGAUGGGACUGAGAAGUUCUCUGGCAUUUAUAUUUGCUAUGAAGCGUGCAAAACGUUAUUCAAGCAACACUGUAGAUGUAUUGUGGGUCUGGAUGGAUGCCACCUGAGGGGGCAAGGGAAGGGCAUACUAUUGACUGCCAUUGGAUUAGACCCGAACGAUCAGAUAUUUCCCAUUGCAUUUGCCGUUGUAGCCGUCGAGAGUACAGAGACGUGGAUCUGGUUCCUGGAUUUUUUAGUGAGGGAUUUGGAAAUCAAUGACUCAAGCAAGUGGACAUUUAUAUCGGAUAGACAAAAGGGGUUGAUCAAUGCGGUACGGAGUUGCUGCCAUAUGGCCGAACACCGCUUCUGUGCUUGGCAUAUGCAUAAUAACUUCCGGAAGGUGUUCACCUCGACAACGUUGAAGGACAAGAUUUGGGAAGCCGCUCGUGCGACGACUGAAUAUGCCUUUGACAGGGUCAUGGAUGAAAUCAAGCAACUAAACUCUGGAGCACACACGUGGCUGACCACACAUACUUCAAAGGAGCACUGGAGCCGAGCAUUCUUCGGUUUUGAGGCCAAAUGUGAUAUACUCAUUCACAACCCGGCGAAAGAUGGCUCAAGGCUCGAGGACUGUGUCGGCCCCAAGAUACGGAAGAAGAUCGAGAAGUUGAAGAGCAAAGUUGGAGACUGUUUGGUGAGGGAGGCAGAUGAAUGGCUGUAUCAAGUGAAUACAAAAGUCAAUGAACAAUUCGUGGUCAAUCUAAGGGAAAGGACGUGCAGCUGUAGGAGUUGGAUGCGGACGGGGCUGCCAUGCCCACACGCAUGUACUGCCAUCCAGUCAUCAUCAGAGACCGUAGAGUCUUUCAUACCUACUUGCUACUCAACGGAGACGUUCCGACAGGUCUAUGCAGGUGUGAUCUACCCGCUACAUGAACCGGAUAUGUGGCCGAAGACUCCACACCCAGAUAUUGUUCCACCGGACCUUAGAAGACUACCAGGACGGCCUAAGGGAUCAAGGAUGAAGUGA